CAACGUCAUCUUGCAGUGUGGUCCUCUGCAAGGAAGGAACAGUUUGUAAGAUGAUAGAUGGGGAGCCAGAGUGUUUGCCAGUUUCUGCGGCCACGUGUUGGGCUGGGGGUUACUUGCAUUACCACACCUUCGAUGGCCGACCGUAUGACAUCCAUGGCACCUGCACCUACACUGUGGCCAAGACCUGCGGGUGUGACUGUGACCCGCACUCCUUUGACAUCACGGCUGAGACUGGGAACAGGGGGAACACGCAGGUCUCAUACAUUGGGUCGCUAACCAUCCAGGUGGAUGGCAUUACCAUCACAGUGGCCAGGGCAGAGGUCGGCUUUGUAAGGGUGAAUAACACCAGGGCCCACUUACCCAUGUCCCUGAACAAUGGGGCCCUUCAGCUCUAUCAAAGCGGCACCUCCCUCGUCCUCCGCACCGACUUCAACCUCAGGGUGUACUAUGACUGGAACAACCACCUGAGGGUCACCGUUCCUAAUAACUUCUCUGACAGCCUGUGCGGCCUGUGUGGCAACUAUAAUGGGGACCCCGCCGAUGACUUCCGGACCCCGGAUGGGGACCAGGCUCCCAGUGUCGCUGCCCUGGGGAAAAGCUGGGCAGUGGAAGAUGAGGAUCAUUUUUGCUGGCACGAUUGCAUUGGAGGUUGCAAGCCCUGUGCCGCCAGCAUAGCCAGAAAAUACAAGGAGGAGGUCUCGUGUGGCCUGAUAGCCAAGGUCUCAGAUGGGCCCUUCAGCCAGUGCCACAGCAAGGUGGAUCCUACAGUCUACUUGAACAACUGCGUGUACGAUCUGUGCCACAACGACGGCUACAGGAAGGCCCUGUGUGAGGCCCUGAAAGCCUAUGCGGACGCCUGCCAGCUAGAGGGGGUCAGGAUUGGGGAAUGGAGGCAGCUGGCCAGAUGCCCCAUGGAGUGCCCCCUGGAGAACAGCCAGUACCAGCUCUGUGGAACAGCCUGCCCAGCCACAUGUGUGGACCAGUCAGCCCCCAGUAGCUGCCAAGACCCCUGCGUGGAAAGCUGCCAGUGCAAGGAUGGUUUUGUGCUGAGCCAGGGCAAAUGCAUCCCCAAGAGCAGCUGUGGGUGCCUGUUCGAGGGGCGUCCCUAUGCCCCCAGUGAGAGUUUCUGGGUUGAUGAGGCAUGUGGGACACGGUGCAUGUGCAACACAGCCACUAGACAAGUCAAAUGCAUGGCUGCUACGUGCAAACGUUCAGAGAGAUGCGGGCUAGUGAAUGGCAUACGGGGCUGUUACCCCUCCAGCUACGCCACCUGCUCUGUGACAAGGAAUCUGCACUAUUCCACCUUUGAUGGACAGAGAUACAACUUCCAAGGCACCUGCCGCUACCAGCUAACUACCCUGUGCAAGAAGGCGGUGGGACUGGUGGACUUUGAUGUCUACUUCCAGGAAAGCAAUACUCGUCCUGUGCAGAUCAAGGUCUAUGAGAUCGACAUCAGGGUCAGCAAUCAAUUCCCUGGGAAAAUCAUGGUGAACAGUAUCCUGAUUACCCUUCCCUUCAACCUCGAUGAUAAGAAAAUCACUGUGUAUAGAAAGGGCUGGGCCACAGUGAUCCAGACAGACUUUGGUCUCACCGUUACCUAUGCCGGGUGGUCAGGACGCACCACGAUCACUCUGCCAGUCACCUACGCGGGAGCCGUGUGUGGUCUGUGUGGCAAUUUUAACAGUGACAGGGAGGAUGACAUGCUGAUGAGGGAUGGCACACUGGCACCAAACCCCAUCAGCUUUGGCCAGAGUUGGAAGGUGGGCGACCUCCCGGGAUGCUCUGCAGUAACGAUACCACCAUGCGCAAGUGUAGAGGCUAUUGAAAAAGAACAACAAGGUAGCAGAGGGCAGUGUGGGCUCAUCUUAUACAAGAGUGGCCCUUUCAGAGGAUGUCACAGCAAAGUGGACCCUCAUGGAUACUUCAUAGACUGUGUGUAUGGCUAUUGCGUCCUCAGUGCGCGUGAAAGUAAUGUCUGCCAGGCCGUUGCUGCCUAUGCCGAGGCAUGUCAGGAAGCUGGAGCUAUGGUGCGUCCCUGGAGGACUACAAAAUUCUGCUCUCCGUCCUGUCCCCUGAACAGUCACUACGAAUUCUGUAGCAGCAGCUGCGAUGUGACAUGCAGCAACCUCUAUGCCCCGGUGCAAUGCAUGACCCAGUGUAAGGAAGGCUGCGUGUGUGAUGAGGGCUUUGUUCUCAGUGGCGACCGCUGUGUCCCCAUUUCCCAGUGUGGAUGCCUCCACAGAGGACUUUACUACCAGCCCGGGGAGACCUUCCACCCGAGCGGUUCAUGCGAGGAGCAGUGCAUGUGUCAGGCUGGUGGGGAGGUUGUGUGUAAGGCAUUCUCCUGCGGCACUGGUGAGGAAUGCGGGGUAGUGGACGGUGUCCAGAAAUGCCACCCAUUUGGAUCUGCGACCUGUUCUGCCUCUGGCCAUCCCCACUACCUCUCUUUCGAUGGGGUCUCCUUUGACUUCCAAGGCACCUGCACCUACAUCCUGGCCAAGACCUGCACCGAUGCCAGUCACCUUACACCAUUCACUAUCAGCAUAGAGAAAGAAGAUUGGGGCACCAGGAACAUGUCCGUGGCCAAGCUGGUGUCCAUUAAGGUGUAUGGGAUCACACUCACCCUGCUGCAAAACAAACAGGGGCUCAUCAUGGUGAACGGGGUGUCCCACAACCUCCCAGUGAUUGUGGCUGAUGGGCAACUUAGAGCAUAUCAACAUGGCACAAACAUUCUGGUACAAACCAUCUUCGGCCUCACUGUGAGCUACGACCUGGUUUACCAGGCCAGGGUCACCAUCCCAGGAAGCUACGAGGGCCAGACGUGCGGCCUGUGCGGGAACUUCGAUGGACAGCAGGACGAGGAGUUCCUGCUCCCCAGUGGCAGGACAGCCCCUGAUACAGCAGCAUUUGGCUCUGCUUGGGAAGUCCAGAUCCCAGGAGCAUCCUGUACAGACAGAUGUGCUGGAAACAGCUGUUCAGUUUGUGAGGAGAGGAAGAAGAACGUCUUCAAAGGGCGCAACUACUGUGGGCUGCUUACAGAUCCCGACGGCCCCUUCACGGCCUGCCAUGGCAUGGUCAGCCCCAGCGUGUAUCAGAGCAACUGCCUGUAUGAUCUGUGCCUGGGCAACGGGGACGCACAGGUUCUGUGCCAGAGCAUCCACAGCUACGUGACGGCCUGCCAAGAGGCUGGGGCUCCCAUCCGGCCCUGGAGGAGCACCUCCUUCUGUGCUGUGAGCUGCCCAGCCAACAGCCACUACGAGGUCUGCGCCGACCUCUGCACCUCCACCUGCACUGGAGACAUCAUAGACUGCCCGGAGACCUGUGCUGAAGGCUGCGAGUGUGACGGUGGCUUCUUCUUCGACGGCCAGGGCUGUGUGACUCUGCAGAGCUGUGGGUGCUUCGAGCGUGGGAGAUAUUACAAGCCCAAUGAGACGGUCCUGAUGAACGAGUGCCAGCAAAGCUGCACCUGUGUUCCUGCUCGAGGAGUGACUUGUAAAGCCCACAGCUGCUCCCGAGAAGAAAUCUGCCAGAUUAGAGAUGGCGUCAGGGCCUGCAUCAGCAAAGUUAUUCCAUCCUGCAGUGUUGUCCGCUGCAGAGAAGGAACUAUUUGCAAGAUGAUAAAUGGGCAGCCAGAGUGUGUGCCAGUCUCUCAGGCCACGUGCUGGGCUGGGGGUUACUUGCAUUACCACACCUUCGAUGGACGGGUGUAUGAUUUCCACGGCACCUGCAACUACACGGUGGCCAAGACCUGCAGGGAUGACUCCGUCCUGCCCUCCUUCCAUGUCACGGCCAAGAUCGAGAACAGGGGGAACACACAGGUCUUCUACAUUGGGUCGGUAACUGUCCAGGUGGAUGGAGUCACCAUCACAGCAGCCAGGGCUGAGGUCGGCUUUGUGGGGGUGAAUAACACCAGGGCCCACUUACCCAUCUCCCUGAACAAUGGGGCCCUUCAGCUCUAUCAGAGCGGCACCUCCCUUGUCCUCCGCACCGACUUCAACCUCAGAGUGACCUAUGACUGGAACAACCACCUGAGGGUCACUGUCCCCAGGGUCUUUUUGGACAGCCUGUGCGGCCUGUGCGGCAACUAUAACGGGGACCCCUCCGAUGACUUCCGGACCCCGGACGGGGACCGGGCUCCCAGUGUCGCCGCCCUGGGGAAAAGCUGGGCAGUGGAAGAUGAGGAUCAGUUUUGCUGGCACGAUUGCAUUGGAGGUUGUAGGCCCUGUGCCCCCAGCAUAGCCAGAAAGUACAAGGAGGAGGCCUUCUGCGGCCUCAUAACCAAGGUCUCAGAUGGGCCCUUCAGCCAGUGCCACAGCAAGGUGGAUCCUACAGUCUACUUGGACAACUGCGUGUAUGAUCUGUGCCACAACGACGGCUACAGGAAGGCCCUGUGUGAGGCCCUGAAGGCCUACGCGGACGCCUGCCAGCUGGAGGGGGUCAGGAUUGGGGAAUGGAGGCAGCUGGCCAGAUGCCCCAUGGAGUGCCCCCUGGAGAACAGCCAGUACCAGCUCUGUGGAACAGCCUGCCCAGCCACGUGUGUGGACCAGUCAGUCCCCAGCAGCUGCGAAGACCCCUGUGUAGAAAGCUGCCAGUGCAAGGAUGGUUUUGUGCUGAGCCAGGGCAAAUGCAUCCCCAAGGGCAGCUGUGGGUGCCAGUUUGAGGGGCGACCCUAUGCCCCCAAUGAGAGCUUCUGGGUCGAUGAGGUAUGUGGGACACGGUGCAUGUGCAACGCAGCCACUAGACAAGUCGAAUGCGUGGCCGCUACGUGCAAACACUCGGAGAGGUGCGGGCUAGUGAAUGGCGUACGGGGCUGUUACCCCUCCAGCUACGCCACCUGCUCUGUGACAAGGAAUCUGCACUAUACCACCUUUGAUGGACAGAGAUACGACUUCAAAGGCACCUGCCGCUACCAGCUCACAGGUCUGUGCAAGAAGGUGGAGGGACUGGUGGACUUUGAAGUCAACUUCCAGGAAAACAAUACCGCUCCUCUACAGAUCAAGGUGUAUCAGACCAACCUCAGGAUCAGCAAUCAAUUCCCUGGGAAAGUCCUGGUGAACAGUUUCCUGAUGAAUCUUCCCUUGAACCUCAUUGAUAAGAAAAUCUCUGUGUAUAGAAAGGGCUGGGCCACAGUGAUCCAGGCAGACUUUGGUCUCACCGCUACCUAUGCCGGGUGGUCAGGACGCACCACGAUCACUCUGCCAGUGACCUACACGGGAGCUGUGUGUGGUCUGUGUGGCAACUUCAACAGUGAUAGGGAGGACGACAUGCUCAUGAGGGAUGGCACGCUGGCACCAAGCCCUGUCAGCUUUGGCCAGAGCUGGAAGGUGGGCAACCUCCCGGGAUGCUCUGCAGUAACGAUACCACCAUGCGCAAGUGUAGAGGCUAUUGAAAAAGAACAACGAGGUAGCAGAGGGCAGUGUGGGCUCAUCCUCCACAAGAAUGGCCCCUUCAGAGGAUGUCACAGCAAAGUGGACCCCCAUGGGUACUUUGUAGACUGCGUGUAUGGCUAUUGCGUCCUCAGUGAGCGGGAAAGUAACGUCUGCCAGGCCGUUGCUGGCUAUGCCGAGGCAUGUCAGGAAGCUGGAGCUAUGGUGCAUCCCUGGAGGACUACGAAAUUCUGCUCUCCGUCCUGUCCCCUGAACAGUCACUACGAAUUCUGCAGCAGCAGCUGCGAUGUGACAUGCAGCAACCUCUAUGCCCCGGUGCAAUGCACGACCCAGUGUAAGGAAGGCUGCAUGUGUAACGAGGGUUUCGUUCUCAGUGGUGACCACUGCAUCCCCAUUUCCCAGUGCGGAUGCCUCCACAGGGGACUUUACUACCAGCCCUGGGAGACCUUCCACCCGAGCGGUUCAUGCAAGGAGCAGUGUGUGUGUCAGGCUGGUGGGGACGUUGUGUGUAAGGCUUUCUCCUGCGGCGCUGGUGAGCAAUGCGGGGUGGUGAACGGCAUCCAGAAAUGCCACCCAUUUGGAUCUGCGACCUGUUCUGCCUCUGGCCAUCCCCACUACCUCUCUUUCGACGGGGUCCCCUUUGACUUCCAAGGCACCUGCACCUACAUCCUGGCCAAGACCUGCACUGAUGCCAGCCACCUUACACCAUUCACUAUCAGCGUAGAGAAAGAAUCUUGGGGCAGUGGGAACGUCUCCAUGGCCAAGUUGGUGUCUAUUCAGGUGUAUGGGAUCACACUCACCCUGCUGCAGAGCAAACAGGGGCUCAUCAUGGUGGACGGGGUAUCCCACAAUCUCCCCGUGAUAAUGGUCAAUGGGCAGCUCCGAGCAUAUCAGCAUGGCACUAAUGUCCUGGUGCAAACCGACUUUGGCCUCACUGUGAGCUACGACCUGGUUUACCAGGCCAGAGUCACCAUCCCAGGGAGCUACCAUGGCCAGACGUGUGGCCUGUGUGGGAACUACAACGGACAGCAGGACGAGGAGUUCCUGCUCCCCAGUGGCAGGACAGCCCCUGAUGUGGCAGCAUUUGGCUCUGCUUGGGAAGUCCAGAUCCCAGGAGCAUCCUGUACAGACAGAUGUGCUGGAAACAGCUGUCCAGUUUGCGAAGAGAAGAAGAAGGAGGUCUUCAAAGGGCGCAACUACUGUGGGCUGCUCACAGACCCCGACAGUCCCUUUGCGGCCUGCCAUGGCACGGUCAGCCCCAGUGUGUAUCAGAGCAACUGCCUGUAUGAUCUGUGCCUGGGCAACGGGGACGCACAGGUCCUGUGCCAGAGCAUCCACAGCUACGUGACGGCCUGCCAAGAGGCUAAGGUCUUCAUCCAGCACUGGAGGAGCACCUCCUUCUGCCCUGUGAGCUGCCCGGUCAACAGCCACUACGAGCUCUGCGCUGACCUCUGUACCACCGCCUGCUCUAGAGACAUCAUGGACUGCCCGGAGACCUGUGCUGAAGGCUGCCAGUGUGAUAAGGGUUUCUUCUUCGAUGGCCAGGGUUGUGUGACUCUGGAGAACUGCGGGUGCUUCAAACAGGGGAGAUACUACAAGCCCAGUGAGAUGGUCCUGAUGAACGAGUGCCAGCAAAGCUGCACCUGCGUUCCUGCCCAAGGGGUGACCUGCAAAGCCCACAGCUGCACCAGUGGAGCAACCUGCCAGAUCAGAGAUGGCGUCAUGGAUUGCAUCGGCCAAGUUAUUCCAAAGCCAUCCUGCAAUGUGGUCAGCUGCAGGGAAGGAACUAUUUGUAAGAUGAUAAAUGAGCAGCCAAAGUGUGUGCCAGUCUCUCGGGGCACGUGCUGGGCUGGGGGAUACUUUCAUUACCACACCUUCGAUGGAUGGGUGUAUGAUUUCCAUGGCAACUGCACCUACACCGUGGCCAAGACCUGCAGGGAUGCCUCCGGCCUGCCCUCCUUCCAUGUCAUGGCCAAGAGCGAGAACAGUGGGAACACACAGGUCUUCUACAUUGGGUCGGUGACUGUCCAGGUGGAUGGAGUCACUGUCACAGCAGCCAGGGCUGAAGCCGGCUUUGUGUGGGUGAAUAACACCAGGGCCCACUUACCCAUCUCCUUGAACAACGGGGUCCUUCGGCUCUAUCAGAGCGGCACCUCCCUCGUCCUCCGCACCGACUUCAACCUCAGGGUGUCCUAUGACUGGAACAACCACCUGAGGGUCACCGUCCCUAAUGACUUCUCCGACAGUCUGUGCGGCCUGUGCGGCAACUAUAACGGGGACCCCUCUGAUGACUUCCGGACCCCGGACGGGGAUCUGGCUCCCAGUGUCACCGCCCUGGGGAAAAGCUGGGCAGUGGAAGAUGAGGAUCAGUUUUGCUGGCAUGAUUGCAUUGGAGGCUGCAGACCCUGUGCCGCCAGCAUAGCCAGAAAGUACAAGGAGGAGGCCUCGUGCGGCCUGAUAACCAAGGUCUCAGAUGGGCCCUUCAGCCAGUGCCACAGCAAGGUGGAUCCUACAGUCUACUUGGACAACUGCGUGUAUGAUCUGUGCCACAACGACGGUUACAGAAAGGCCCUGUGUGAGGCCCUGAAGGCCUAUGCGGACGCCUGCCAGCUGGAGGGGGUCAGGAUUGAGGAAUGGAGGCAGCUGGCCAGAUGCUCCAUGGAGUGCCCCCUGGAGAACAGCCAGUACCAACUCUGUGGAACAGCCUGCCCAGCCACGUGUGUGGAUCAGUCAGCCCCCAGCAGCUGCCAAGACCCCUGCGUAGAAAGCUGCCAGUGCAAUGAUGGUUUUGUGCUGAGCCAGGGCAAAUGCAUACCCAAGAGCGGCUGUGGGUGCCAGUUUGAAGGGCGCCCCUAUGCCCCCAACGAGAGCUUCUGGGUAGAUGAGGCAUGUGGGACAUGGUGCACGUGCAACGCAGCCACUAGACAAGUUGAAUGCGUGGUUGCUACGUGCAAACACUCGGAGAGGUGUGGGCUAGUGAAUGGCAUACGGGGCUGUUACCCCUCCAGCUACGCUACCUGCUCUGUGACAAGGAAUAUGCACUAUGCCACCUUUGAUGGACAGAGAUACGACUUCCAAGGCACCUGCCGCUACCAGCUCACGGCCCUGUGCAAGAAGGCAGAGGGACUGGUGGACUUUGAGGUCUACUUCCAGGAGAACAAUACCGCUCCUCUACAGAUCAAGAUUUAUCAGACCAGCCUCAGGAUCAGCAAUCAAUUCCCUGGGAAAGUCCUGAUGAAUGGUUUCCUGAUUAACCUUCCCUUCAACCUCAAUGAUAAGAAAAUCACUGUGUAUAGAAAGGGCUGGGCCACAGUGAUCCAGGCAGACUUUGGCCUCACCGUUACCUAUGCCGGGUGGUCAGGACGCAUCACGGUCACUCUGCCAGUGACCUACGCGGGAGCCGUGUGUGGUCUGUGUGGCAACUUCAACAAGGACAGGGAGGACGACUUGCUCAUGAGGGGUGGCACGCUGGCACCAAGCCCAGUCAGCUUUGGCCAGAGCUGGAAGGUGGGCGACCUCCUGGGAUGCUCUGUAGUAACGAUACCACCAUGCGCAAGUAUAGAGGCUAUUGAAAAGGAACAACGAGGUAGCAGGGGGCAGUGUGGGAUCAUCCUAGACAAGAAUGGCCCCUUCAGAGGAUGUCACAGCAAAGUGGACCCCCAUGGGUACUUCAUAGACUGCGUGUACAGCUAUUGUGUCCUCAGUGAGCGGGAGAGUAACGUCUGCGAGGCCAUUGCUGGCUAUGCUGAGGCAUGUCAGGAAGCUGGAGCUAUGGUGCAUCCCUGGAGGACUACGAAAUUCUGCUCUCCGUCCUGUCCCCUGAACAGUCACUAUGAAUUCUGCAGCAGCAGCAGCUGCGAUCUGACAUGCAGCAACCUCUAUGCCCCGGUGCAAUGCAAAACCCAGUGUAAGGAAGGCUGCAUGUGUGACCAGGACUUUGUUCUCAGUGGUGACCACUGUGUCCCCUUUUCCCAGUGCGGAUGCCUCCACAGAGGACUUUACUACCAGGCCGGGGAGACCUUCCACCCGAGUGGUUCAUGCGAGGAGCAGUGCGUGUGUCAGGCUGGUGGGGAGGUUGUGUGUAAGGCAUUCUCCUGCGGCACUGGUGAGGAAUGCGGGGUGGUGGACGGUGUCCAGAAAUGCCACCCAUUUGAACCUGUGACCUGUUCUGCCUCUGGCCAUCCCCACUACCUCUCUUUCGACGGGGUCUCCUUUGACUUCCAAGGCACCUGCACUUACAUCCUGGCCAAGACCUGCACCGAUGCCAGUCACCUAACACCAUUCACUAUCAGCAUAGAGAAAGAAGAUUGGGGCACUAGGAAUAUGUCCGUGACCAAGCUGGUGUCCAUUCAGGUGUAUGGGAUCACACUCACCCUGCUGCAAAACAAACAGGGGCUCAUCAUGGUGGACGGGGUGUCCCACAACCUGCCUGUGAUCGUGGCUGAUGGGCGGCUCCGGGCGUAUCAGCAUGGCGUGAAUGUCCUGGUGCAAACUGACUUUGGCCUCACCGUGAGCUAUGACCUGGUUUACCACGCCAGAGUCACAGUCCCGGGGAGCUACCAUGGCCGGAUGUGUGGCCUGUGCGGAAAUUACAAAGGACAGCAGGAUGACGAGUUCCUGCUCCCCGAUGGCAGGGUGGCCCCCGACACUGCAUCCUUCGGGUCUGCCUGGGAAGUUCAGAUCCCAGAGGCAUCCUGUACAGACAAAUGUGCUGGGAACAGCUGUCCGGUCUGCAAGGAGGAGAGGAAAGAUGUCUUCAAAGCGCACAACUACUGUGGGCUGCUCACAGCCCCUCACGGCCCUUUUGCCACCUGCCACAGCACGGUCAGCCCCACUGUGUAUUUCAACAACUGUCUGUAUGAUCUGUGCCUGGGCAACGGGGACUCCCAGGUCCUGUGCCAGAGCAUGCACAGCUACGUGACAGCCUGCCAAGAGGCCAAGGUCACCAUCCAGCCCUGGAGGAGCACCUCCUUCUGCCCUCUGACCUGCCCAGCCAACAGCCACUACAAGGUCUGUGCCAAGCUCUGUACCACCACCUGCACUGGAGACAACAUGGACUGCCCGGAGACCUGUGCUGAAGGCUGCCAGUGUGACAAGGGCUUCUUCUUCGACGGCCAGGGCUGUGUGACUCUGGAGAAUUGUGGGUGCUUCGAGCGUGGGAGAUACUACAAGCCCAGCGAGACCAUCCUGACGAAUGAGUGCCAGCAGAGCUGCACCUGCGUUUCUGCCCAAGGGGUGACCUGCAAAGCCCACAGCUGCACCAGAGAAGAAACCUGCAAGCUCAGAGAUGGUAUCAUGGGCUGCAUCAGCAAAGAUCCCUGCAAAACCCUGAAAUGCCGGAUCAAGGAGAGAUGCAAAAUUGAAGAUGGCCAAGAGGCAUGUGUUCCUGCCUACACUGGAAUCUGCCUGGGCUCAGGGGAUGCACAGUACCAAACUUUUGAUGGCCUGAAGUUUGACUUGCAGGGCACUUGCAAGUACACCAUCGCUAAGUACUGUGGCAAUGACCCUACCCUGGAGUCCUUCACCAUCGAUGAGAAGAACGACAACAGGGGGAACCAGGAUAUCUCCUUUUGGCAGGUGACCAAUAUCUACGUCUAUGGGUACAACGUCUCCAUCUACAAGAGGGAAGUUGGCAAAGUCCGGCUGAACAGUGUGAUCACCAGUCUCCCAGUGACGCUGAAAGACGGUAAAAUCAGACUGUACCAGAAAGACCUCAGCACCGUCCUGCAGACAGACUUCGGCCUCCAGAUCUCACAUGAUGAAAAUUGGCGUGUAGUGAUCACCCUCCCCAGCAGCUAUUAUGGGGCCACGUGCGGCCUAUGUGGGAACUUCAACCAGAAUCCAGAAGAUGACAUGAUGUCAUCCAAAGGCACCAUAGUCUCCUCCAUCAUGGACUGGGCUGCCAGUUGGAAAGUCCAAGACCGGGACCCCCUUUGCUGGGAUUAUUGCCAAGGCAUUUGCCCAAUGUGUGAUAAGAGCAAGAGAGAUCUGUAUGGGGAUGACAGUCACUGUGGGGUGAUCAGUAAAGCACCGGGAGGGCCCUUCAGGGAGUGUCACUCCAGGGUGAGUGCUGAUGACUUCUUUGACAGCUGCAUCUAUGACAUGUGUCUGAAUGAGGGGGACAAGAGCAUUCUGUGUGAGGCGCUGGAGGCCUACGCGAAAGCCUGCAGGAAGCAUGGGGUCACUGUCGCUGACUGGAGGACGCCGUCCAGUUGUGAUGACUGCAAAACUCUGAAAUGCCGGACCAAAGAGACAUGCCGGACUGAGGAUGGCCACACAUCAUGUAUUCCUGACUACUCGGGAACCUGCUUGGGCUCAGGGAACAUGCACUACCAAACUUUUGAUGGUCUGAAGUUUGACUUCCAGGGCACCUGCACCUACACCCUGGCCAAAUACUGUGGGAGUGACGCUACCCUGGAGCCUUUCACCAUUGAUGAGAAGAACGCCAAUAGGGAGAGCCAGGAUAUCUCCUUUCUGCGAGUGACCAACGUCUACAUCUAUGGGUACAACAUCUCCAUCUACAAGAGGGAAGUUGGCAAAGUCCAGCUAAACGGCGUGAUCACCAGGCUCCCGGUGAUGCUGAAAGAUGGUAAAAUCAGACUGUACCAGAAAGGCCUCAGCACUGUCAUGCAGACGGACAUUGGCCUCCGGGUGGGGUACAACAAGAACUGGCAUCUGGAAAUCACCCUCCCCAGCAGCUAUUAUGGUGCCAUGUGCGGUCUUUGUGGGAACUUCAACCAGAACCCAGAAGACGACAUGAUGUCCUCCGACGGCAUCAAAGUCUCCGCCAUCGUGGGCUGGGCUGCCAGUUGGAAAGUCCAAGACCGGGACCCCUUUUGCUGGCAUUCCUGCCAAGAGAACUGCCUGACAUGUGAUGAGAGCAGAAGGAAGCUGUAUGGGGAUGACAGUCACUGUGGGCUGAUCAGCAAAGCACCGGGAGGGCCCUUCAGAGAGUGUCACUCCAAGGUGAGCCCCGACGACGUCUUUGACAACUGCAUCUAUGACGUGUGUCUGAAUGAGGAGAACAAGAGAGUUCUUUGUGUUGCGCUGGAGACCUACGCAGACACCUGCAGGGACCAUGGAGUCACUGUCUAUGACUGGAGGACACCGUCCAGCUGUGAUGAAUUAGGAGAAACCUGUGAAACCCUGAAAUGCCGGACUAAGGAGAUGUGCAAGACAGAGGAUGGCCACGCGACAUGUGUUCCCGACUACGUGGGAACUUGCUGGGGCUGGGGGGACCCGCAUUAUCACACCUUUGAUGGUCUGAAGUUUGACUUCCAGGGCACCUGCACCUACACCAUUGCCAAGUACUGUGGCCACGACCGCUCCCUGGAGCCCUUUACCAUCGAUGAGAAGAAUGAUAACAGGGGCAGCCAGGCCAUCUCCUUUCUACGAGUGACCAACAUCUAUGUCUAUGGGUACAACAUCUCCAUCUACAAGAGGGAAGUUGGCAAAGUCCGGAAUCAGGGGAUCUGCACCGGGGACUGCUCAGUCUGCAGUGAGGCUCAGAAACAACCCUAUAAGGGAGACCAGUACUGCGGGGUCAUCACCCGACAGAACGGGCCAUUCAGACAGUGCCACGGGGCUAUCGACCCAGCUCCCUUCUUUGAUGAUUGUCUCUAUGACACCUGCCAAUACAAGGGUCACCAGGACACACUGUGCAGCACAAUCAGCACCUACGUCACAUCCUGCCAGGCCAGGGGCAUCCAGAUAGGGCAGUGGAGAUCGCCCUCAUUCUGCAGACCCACCUGCCCCCUUAACUCUCACUACGAACUCUGUGGAAUUAGCUGCCCUUCCAACUGCAACGACCUGUGGGCUCUAGAUCGGUGUGACAAACCCUGUGCUGAAGGAUGUUUCUGUGAUGCUGGAUUCACCCUGAGUGGUGACAAGUGCAUCCCUGUCGCACAGUGUGGCUGUGUGCACCAGGCCAUGUAUUACAAGAAGGGAGAGGAGUUCUUCCCCAGCGCCUCCUGCCAGGAACGCUGCCUUUGCAAAGACAAAGGGGUCGUUGCGUGCCAGAAGGCCUCCUGUGGAGCCAAUGAGGAGUGCAGGGUGGAGAAUGGAAUCCUGGGCUGCCAUGCCACGGGCUAUGGAACAUGCGUCGCAUCUGGCGGACCUCACUACAUCUCCUUUGACGGACGGGCCUUUGACUUCCAGGGCUCCUGCACUUACACCUUAGCCAAGGUCUGCAGCAGAGACUCUGGACUGGAGAACUUCUCCGUGGUGGUGGAGAAUGAGAUCCCUGGUGGUGGCCACAUGGCUGUGAUGAGAACAGUGGUGGUGUCCCUGCAUGGUUACACCAUCGCCAUGGAGAGGGGGAGAAAGUGGAAGAUUGCGAUGGGUGGUGAGCUCUACACUCUCCCACUGGCUACGGACGAUGGAAAACUUUGGAUCAACCAAGAGGGGAACAACAUCAUUGUCCAAUCAGCCUCUGGCCUCAAAGUCUUUUACGACACUGCCUCCUACCUCCUACUGUCCAUCCCCAGCACCUAUAAGGGACAUGUGUGCGGCUUGUGUGGCAACUUUAACGAUGACAAGAACGAUGAUCUCCUGCUGCCUGGUGUGAAGAAUACCCAGAAGGUGGAUGAAUUUGUCGCCUCCUGGAAGGUGCCUGUUGAUGGUGCCACAUGCUCUGAUGGCUGUGGUGAGAAGUGCCCCAUCUGUGAUGCAGCCCAGACAGCGCCGUACCAGACUGAGAGCUCCUGUGGGCUGAUCCCGGCCACCUCAGGUCCCUUCAGAGACUGUCACUCAAUAAUCAAUCCUGUUGAGUAUUUCAACCACUGUCUCUAUGACAUGUGUGCCACCAACGGAAGGGGAGAGACUCUCUGCCAGAGCCUGCAGGCCUAUGUGGCUGCGUGCCAGGCAGCUGGGGCCAACAUCGAGACCUGGAGAACGGCCUCCUUCUGCCCCCUUGCCUGCCCGGCUAACAGCCACUAUGCGCUGUGUACCAGAUCCUGCGAUUUCACCUGUGCCAGCUUGUUUGCCCCUGCCCAAUGCACCGGGAAGUGCUUUGAAGGCUGCUGGUGUGAUCCAGAAUACGUGUCCGAUGGGGAGGCAUGCGUCUCCAUGGACAGGUGUGGCUGUGUGCACAAUGGACGCUACAUCAAGGCCGGGGAGAGCCUUGUGUCCAGCAACUGCUCCGAGAAAUGCACCUGCCACGCUUCAGGCGAGGUCAUCUGUGAGGAAACAAACUGUACCGAAGAGGAGAAAUGCAUGCUCAGGAAUGGGGUGCGCAGCUGCGUGAAGCAGGUGGGCCGGUGCACGCUGGCCCCAGGAAUAUGGUUCACCUCCUUUGAUGGUGUCGAGAGGGAAGUCCUCCUUGAAGGGGCCUACGAGGUGUCUUCCCUCUGCGAAGGGGUCGACCUCCCCUGGUUCCGGAUGGUGGUCAGUGUGUUCAGAGAAGGUGGCUUGGCCGUUCCUGAUGGCAUCUCCGUUUUCUUUGAGGAGGGUCUUAUCCAUGUCAAUAAGAAAAAGGAGAUUUGGGUGAGAGGGCACCAAAAGCAGCUCCCAGUGAAGGUAUCCAGAACCUUGUCUGUAAGUGAGUCUCAGGGCACCAUCAUGAUUGUCCAGGGCUCUAGAAUAAAGAUUCUGUUCAGCCUGAGCGGGGAGGUGACAGUGACAGUCAGCGAGAGCCUGGCUAACAAGCUGUGUGCACCUUGCGGGAACUUCAAUGGCGACAUCUCCGACGACCUGCGGCUGCCCAGCGGGCAGGUUGUGGGGAACAUCACGGACAUGUUUGAAUCUUGGAGGGCACGAGACCUCUCAAGAAGUGAUGUUUAAAAGCCACCUGAGCUGCAAUGGACCCCUGCCCCCUUUCCCUUCCCUGCAUUGGACUGGGCUGGCUGGUUACUCAGUAACAGGUCAUAGCUUAGCACACAAACGUGUGUUCCUUCACAUAGGACUCUCCCUGCAGUGUGGAUGAGUUUAGUGGUGCCGGGUGCGUGACAGAAAAAUCUCAUCUGGACUUGUCAAUAGAGAAGUUUGCAAAGGUGUGUGUGAAGCAGCAGGUUCUGGCAUGCCUCGGGAAAUGGCUUUCGUGUUCCGCUUGGAUCCCGUCACACCACCCUUUAAGGCCUCUUUAUACUGCCAAAGUGGAAUAAAGGAGCCUCAGCAUAAUGCGA